CUGCCCGGCGUUGACGACGGUCCAUCAACGAUCGAAGACUCCAUCGCAAUCGCCCGCAUCGCCACAGCCGGCGGCACGCGGGUGAUGCUUGCCACGCCUCAUCGCAAAGACGUGACCGAACUCUCUUCAGUUCAGCACAUCCGCGACCUGACCGCCGAACUCCAGCGCCGCAUCCACGAUGAAAACAUCCUCUUGACGCUCACGCUCGGCAUGGAAAAUCACAUCGACGACGCGCUCCCCGAAGACGCCGCCGCAGGCAAAGCCCUCACCAUGAACGGCUCACGAUACAUACUCGUCGAAAUGCCCUUCUUCGGCAGCAUAGCCGAGCACGACUUCGUAGAAGGCGCGCUGCUCGGCAUACAAGCGCAAGGACUAACGCCCGUCUUCGCCCACCCGGAGCGCAUCGAAGCAUUUCAGCAGCAGCCCGAAUUGCUUGAACGCUACAUCAAUAUGGGCAUGCUCAGCCAGCUCACGCGCGGCAGCCUGCUCGGACACUGGGGCGAAGAAAUACGGCAAUUCUCGCUCGAUUUGCUGCGGCAGGGCAUGGCGCACAUCAUUUCUUCCGACACCCACUCACCGCACCCACCGCGCACGCGCCGAACUCGGCGAAGCCCUGAAAAUCGCAACAGAAAUCGUAGGCUGCCAGAAAGCAAAGGCAAUGGUCAACGACACGCCCCGCGCCAUCCUCGAAGACACGAGGCUUAUAGUCCCUUCCCCCUUAACGAGGGAAGGUUAGGAUGGGGGUGA